CGGCCGUUGGAAAAUGAGUAGUUGGGCUAGUUAUUUCGACGAUUUUUCGUUUCGCGAGUGAUUUUCCAAUACGCAAAAGAGUGCAUUUCGUCCAAAAGAUCGACUACCAGCAGCUAAAAUGAAGUCUGCGCGGAAGCAGGCCCCGCCUUCGGCGCGCAAGCUGGGGCGUCCCAAGCAAAACAGCAACAACAUGCUGUCCAAGGACCCAGUGCAGGUGUUUUGCCGUCUACGGCCCAUGCCGUUCAUCAACGAUGUUGCCUGCAUGAAGGUCAUCUCGGACACCACUAUUGUCAUUACUCCUCCAGAGUCUGCUAUGAACUUUAGGAACGGACAGAAGGAGAUACAGACUACCUUUACACGUGUUUUUAAUGAAAAUGUGCCCCAGAGGGAGGUGUUCCAAGUGGUGGCACUGCCACUUGUGGAUAAUUUGAUUCACGGCAAGAAUGGAUUGCUUUUCACCUAUGGAGUGACAGGAAGUGGCAAGACCUACACCAUGACUGGAGAAAAUAAUGACAGUGGGAUCAUGCCCAGGUGUCUGGAUGUUAUAUUUAACAGUAUAACCAAUUAUCAGGCCAAAAAGUUUGUCUUCAAGCCUGACAAGCUCAACGGCUUUGACGUGCAAAACGAGACCGAUGCCAUGGUCGACAGGCAGAAUGAGCUUCAUGCUGUCAUCAUGACACCCAGAAAUCCCAAGACUCCCAGGCGCAAAAUUGAUAGCGAUAGCGACAGUGACAGAAUAAUAGCGAGAGAACACGAUGAGUCGGGAGUUAUCAAUGUCGAUCCUGAUUAUGUGUAUGCAGUUUUUGUCACAUAUGUUGAAAUUUACAACAAUAGCGUGUACGAUUUACUCGAUGAGGAUGAGCUCAGAACAAAGUCUCUACAGAGUAAAAUAGUACGCGAGGACGGCAAUAAGAACAUGUACGUUCACGCGGUAACGGAAGUUGAAGUCAAAAGCUCAGACGAGGCCUUUGAAGUGUUUCAACGCGGUCAGCGUAGAAGGCGCGUAGCACACACGGCUCUUAACGCUGAAUCCAGUCGAUCGCAUAACGUGUUCACGAUUCGCCUGGUACAAGGUCCGCUUGAUAGUGACGGUGAACAAGUGGUCCAGGACAAACGAGUCGUGUGUGUUAGUCAACUGUCGCUUGUGGAUCUUGCUGGUAGCGAACGCACGAAUCGCACGAAAAAUACUGGACAGCGUUUACGCGAGGCUGGUAAUAUCAACAACUCUCUUAUGACCUUGAGGACUUGUCUUGAAAUACUCAGAGAGAAUCAGAUGCAGGGCACUAAUAAAAUGGUACCGUAUCGUGACUCCAAGUUGACUCAUCUGUUCAAAAAUUACUUUGAUGGUGAGGGACAAGUACGCAUGAUCGUCUGUGUGAAUCCUCGCUCUGAUGAUUAUGACGAGACCAUUCAAGUUAUGAAAUUCGCGGAAAUGACACAAGAAGUGCAAGUGGCCAGACCUACAGUAACCAAGUUAGAUCUUGGAUUCACUCCUGGUAGACGGCAAGCAAAUAAAAUAUUCAAGGAAGCUCGUGCGCGAUUGGAAAGAGAACAUCCAGAAGCCGCUAGUCUAGAUGUUGAUAUAGGCCUUGUUUACAGUCUCGGAGCACAAUUCCCAGACUUUGAUAUAACGAGUCCGCAUAACGACCAAAUUAUCAUGAAUUUGAUAAACUUUUUAGAACAAAGAAUCAAUAAGAAAAACUUAUUACGCGCUGAUUUAGAGCAGAAAUAUAAUGAUUUCAGAAAACUGCUCAUGUCGGUAGAACAGGAAAACAUGAAUUUAAAGGUCGAAAAUGCAUCCUUAAAAGCUUCUAGCACACAACAGAAGAAAAAAGUUGCUGCACUAGAAGGCCACUUGUGCAAAACGGAGACUCAAAUCGACAGUCUACUUCGUAAACUAAAUAAUGCAAAUGAUGCCAUCAAAAGUCUUCAACAAGAAAUAAGAGAUCGUGAUAUGGCGCUGAAUCAACGCAUGAUCGACGAGCAAAUGGUCAAACAAAAAUACACAACGAAAAUGCACCAAACAUCUGAAAAACUUAAUCGUGAAUUCGAGCUGAAAUUAAAAGCUCAGCGGGAUCGAAUUCGGAAUCAAAUAAGGGAGAAGGAUGACAAGCUGCGACUCGUCAAGCAGAUUCUAGAUAGCGAUGAUCCUGGCACGAUUCCUGUGAUCAAAGAUUCAAACGACGAGGAAAUUCAGCCUCAGCACCAGCCUACUCCAGCGAAAACUCCUGGACGUCAGGACGGUCGUUCGCGUAAGGACAAGGUUGGCGUGGCUAAUUUGCGUUAUAGGCGCUCUCAAAGUGCUGAUCGAUGGGUCGAUCACAGGCCUGGUGCCUUGGUGCCUGUAGGUACUGUGCUGCAGCCACUAAUGAGGCGGCGAAGGAGCAUUACUAAGCUCACCAGUCCUAAGGAAAUCACAGAUGGUGCCUCGAAGUACUGCCUAACGGCUCAGAACCACGAUUCUGAGGGCGAGCUUGAAACAAAACUGUACAAGGCUGACAUUCUGCCAACGAGUGGUGGAGGUGCCCAGGUGGUAUUUAACGACGUAGAAUGCCUGAAGCAACUGUCACCAACUGGUCAGCGUAAACGCAGCGCUCCGGAGAACGAAGACAAGGAUAAAAAUCAUCAUCACGUUGGCACAGAUUACGUCAAGCAUUGCGCUAGUCAAGGAGUGACGAUAACAACAUCAAAGAGACUGAAAAAGUAAUGAGCGAAUUUUUAUUAUUAUUCUGUCUAAGUAUGCAUAUCAGCGUCGUUGAUGCGUACUUAUGUAUUAAAUACGUACUUACAAUGAUGGUUAUAUCUAUCAAAACGGCCUAUUUUUAUUCAAUAAUGACUUUUCACAACUUU